AUUUUUGAGGGGAGACGUGCCCCUUCCUAACCACUCCUCAUACUUGCUCAAAAUGUUUUCUCUGAAAUAAGAAGAGGGGAAGUCAGUUGCAGCUUUCCUGCCUCUGAUGCACAGGCGCUGUGUGACACAGCUCUCAGCUGUGCUGGACUCCCAGCUUUCUUCCACACAGAGAAAACAUAGAUCCAGUUUUCCCCUUAAGAUUCAUGGCUGUAUGAGCCUCUGGUGAACAAAGGUAUUCGAGGAGUCAUAGCUGCUUCAGCUGGGUUCUUUCUUGGACACUCAGUGCACAGUUUCGGGACAACUACAUUGUUUUUACCUUAAGCUUAUUUUGCAAAAAGUCAUAAUUGGAGUCAACCUCGUAAUUCAGAUCUGGUUUGAUCAAGUACUGAAGGACGCUGAAGACAGAAGAGAACUUAGUUAAUGGGGUGAUUUCACUUGGAACAGCAUGUCAGGGCGCAGCGUUCGGCUGAAGUCAGUUCCCGUUCAAAGUCUCUCAGAGCUGGAGCGCGCUCGGCUGCAGGAAGUGGCUUUUUAUCAGCUGCAGCAGGAGUAUGACCUGGGAUGUCAGAUUACUAUCCCCAAAGAUGGGCAAAAGAGGAAGAAAUCACUAAGAAAGAAACUGGACUCAUUAGGAAAGGAGAAAAACAAAGACAAAGAAUUUAUUCCCCAGGCUUUUGGAAUGCCCUUGUCACAAGUGAUUGCUAACGACCGGGCCUACAAGCUCAAGCAAGACUCUCAAAAAGAAGAGCAAAGAGAUGUUUCAGAUUUUGUGGCCUUUCUCUUACCAUUUGGAGCAAAAAGGCAGAACAAAGAACUUUCCAGCAGUAACUCAUCUCUCAGCUCCACCUCAGAAACACCAAACGAGUCCACUUCUCCUAACACGCCAGAGCCAGCACCGCGAGCAAGGAGGCGUGGUGCAAUGUCUGUGGACUCCAUUACUGAUCUUGAUGACAAUCAGUCACGGUUGUUAGAAGCUCUCCAGCUCUCUUUGCCAGCAGAAGCCCAGAGCAAGAAAGAAAAGGCAAGAGAUAAGAAACUAAGCCUGAACCCUAUUUACAGGCAGGUUCCGCGGCUUGUAGACAGUUGCUGCCAGCACUUGGAAAAACAUGGUCUCCAGACGGUGGGAAUAUUCAGAGUUGGAAGUUCAAAAAAGAGAGUAAGGCAGUUGCGUGAAGAGUUUGACCGGGGCAUAGAUGUUGUGUUAGACGAAGAACACAGCAUUCAUGAUGUUGCUGCUUUGUUAAAGGAAUUUCUACGUGACAUGCCUGACCCACUUCUCACCAGAGAACUUUACACACCUUUCAUCAACACUCUCUUAUUAGAGCCAGAUGAACAGCUAAGCACCUUACAGCUUCUCAUUUAUCUCCUACCUCCCUGUAACUGCGAUACCCUACACCGACUGCUGCAGUUCCUCUCCACCGUGGCUGGCCACGCAGAAGACACCACAGACAAAGACGGCCAAGAAGUUACUGGGAACAAAAUGACAUCACUUAACCUGGCUACUAUCUUUGGCCCUAACCUGUUGCACAAGCAGAAAUCUACAGACAAAGAAUUCACAGUUCAGAGUUCAGCUCGAGCUGAAGAGAGUACUGCUAUCAUAGCUGUUGUACAAAAGAUGAUUGAAAACUAUGAAGCCCUUUUUAUGGUUUCCCCUGAUCUACAGAACGAAGUGCUUAUUAGCCUGUUAGAGACUGACCCAGAUGUUGUGGACUAUUUGUUGAGGAGGAAAGCUUCCCAGUCAUCAAGCCCUGAGAUGCUGCGGUCAGAAGGUUCCUACUCCACGGGAGAAAGGCACUCUUCCACAGACUCCAACAAAGCUUCAAGCGGAGAUGUCUCCCCAUAUGACAACAACUCCCCCGUACUGUCUGAGCGCUCGCUGAUGGCAGCACAAGAAGAAGUUGCACACAGCCCAGAUAAGCCGUACAGAGCACAGGAACAGUACGCACUGGGUGCUCAUUUGCAGCCUAAAACAAAGGAGAAUUCUUCUGCAUCACAGGCUGGAAAAGAUGUCUCAGAAGAUCAUUUUGAUAUCUGGGGAACCUGGCAUUCAACGCUGAAAAGUGGCUGCAAAGACACAGGCAUUGCAGGUUCGUACGGAAACAUUUACGAAAGCAGCUUGCUGCGGCCUGGACAGUGCUCUCUUUCACAAGGGAACCUCUCCAUAUAUUCUCCUCGGUGGCAGGGCAGCUCCUCCGAACUGGAUCAUGGCAGGCAAGUCAUGCGCAGGAGUCAGACAACUGCCGCCAUUCCCGAGUGCCAGCUCCAGCCUGCCAUGUCUCGGGUGUGCAGUAACCCGCACAUCGAAGCCGGAGGAAGGUGUUUGGACCAGUCACGCUCCAAGUCGGAGCGGCACUUGACUUUAAGCAGUGUGGAGGACCUCAGUGAGCAUGACUCGCACGCGGGUUGCUCGCAGAGCACGGCUAAGCCCUCCUACAGCAAAGAGAGGCCACCCCCUCCGUACCCUGGGCAGCCCAAAGCAAGCUCUGCGUUGUCGCAGCGAUCGAGCGUUUCUUCAACGUUGCACUCUUUGUGGAGACUUCAGCGCCAUGACAAAAGUGCAGGGACCAGAGCAGCUGGAGGGCCUGUGGCCAAAGCCCCCGAGCAGGCCGUCUCCAAGCAGGAGCGCCCGGCCCCGCACAACCAAGCAGGUCACAUCUAUUCGACGGCGGCUCGCAGUCAGAACAGUAAAAAUGUUUCAGAGCCAGACUGGCACGACUGGCAAAGAGAGAGGUGGCAAAUUUGGGAGCUUUUAUCAGCUGAUAACCCUGAUGCCCUCCCAGAGACCCUUGUAUGAUCGGACUCCACGGAACUGCCGCUCGCACCUAUGCUCCCUCUCAUAGGAAAACAAUGAUGAUAUUGGAAAACUGGGGGGUGCUUGUUCGUUUUCUACCGAAUAAGUUACAUAUAAUUUUUUAAAAUCUCGUUCACUUUAAUUUCCUAACAGCACUGGCAAGCAGUCUAUUUACAAAUACAGUAUGUUCCUGUUUUUCAGCAAGCUUGUGAGAAAAGAAGAAGAUGGAAAUGUUAGUCCGAUAACCCUGUAUGCAUACAUAUGCUGUUUAUAAGAUAAAACUGUUGCUUUGAUGUGGCUAAAAUGUAUUUAUAUAUCUGCAGUUUGAUGAUUGUAUAUUCUGUAAUGGGUAUUGUAUAAUAAUCAUAUAUUAUGUUUUCAUAUACAGAUGUCAAUCGACCGUGACUGCUUUUAUAAAAAUCACUGCACUUACGUUACCGUCAUACGCAUUGGAGUUCUAUAGGAAGUGCACAAGCUGGUUUCUGUGCUUGGGAAAAAAACCUAAAGGGGAACGUUGUCCUUCUUUUCACUGCCUAUUGAAAAACACUAGAAUAGAGUGGAACAUGAAAAGCCAUAUAUUUUAUAAGGGUAGUAGUGACUGGGAGGAGGGAAAUACCAAAUAUUUUUUUUCUUACAAAUAUAUUUGCAAACAAAAUUAAAAUUUGAUACAAGGUAAGUGUUAAAAAUACUUUUUUUUAGAUUCUUGGAGGAAGUGGUUUGGGGAAUCAAAUAAGAACAAGGCCGUGCCUAAACCAAUGAAAGAUGUAGCGCAAAGGUCUGCCCUACCUGUCUAGAGGAAAAACAAUGUUAUGUAUACAGGAUAUAAUAUAUAUAUUUAUAAAUGUAUGACUUUAUAUAUUGUUCUAAAACAAUGAACUGGAAUCAAAAUUUUAGAAAACCAAUCCCAAUAAGCUGAGUUGUGUAACAGUAGAGAAAGAAUAUGGCUUUUCCUUUAAAAUAACAAGGCUUCAUUGUGAGGAAAGUUAGACAAAGCAGAAAUAGAGAUGGAGAUAUUUGCAAAAGGGGUCACACUAAAUUUUGGAAGUGAAUGUGAGAAGUUCACAGCUGUGUUUCUAUAAAUAUUGUGCCAAAGCGUGGGUCAUUAGUAUUUUUUCGAUAACUGUAUGUUGCGUUGUCAAAUGUCAAUGUUUUCAAAUUGCAAAAGCAUUUCUGGCCAGCAGGUGGCAAUGUACUUCAGUAUUCUAGAGGAAAUUCUAUUAUCACUUGAUAAGGGAAAGUGUAUCAUAUCAAAAGAAUUUUAUAAAACUUAUUAGUCUUAAUGACGUUGAAGACGUAUUCAGUGAUGUUGUCUUUAAGUUCUAUCUUGUGCCAUAACGAUGGAAUAAAAGGCUGAACAAAACAAUGAGCAUAUUUUUGCUCUUUCCUUUUUUGUUUUGAAGUAAAGUUUGUGUAAAAAUUGAUGUGUUUUUAUUGUAUUCCAGAGUGUCUCUGCCAAAAACAUCUAAAAGGCUAAGGGCACUUAAAGAUCACUUUCAUUAAUGACUUAAAUAUAUGAGAUCCCAGGUUUUACCUAUGUUCUAGGCUUAAACUCCAUCCUACAGGGAGCCUACCCGUUGCCAUAUUCCCAAGUGAAGUGAUAACGGCACCAAUCCAGGUAUAAAGGGGAGGAUUUUGCCUCUGGCUGUCACUGUGCUGUCUGACUGGCUGACUCUUUUAUAGGAAUAUGGAAUAGUGUUCAGAAUAUAUCUCAGCUCUGUCCCUUGAUGCUAGAGUUGAUAGGAAAAGAGUCUUGUGUGUAGCUUGUUGCAGCACCUCUAUGACAAUUUAUUACCAAAAGAAAAAAAAAGGAAAAAUAGAGUAAGUUUAAAAGAUAAGUAGUGGAAUACAAGCAAGGACAAUAAAAGAGUUCUCACAAGCAAUUGUCAUCAUUUGAUCUUGCCUCAGUAUUGUCCCAGGUUUGAUGCAUACUUGCUACAGAGAAUUAAUGCUCCCUAGCAGUUCUAAAAAACAGGCAUUGUGCAAACCCUGCUGUAGAAGAUGCACUUCAUUUUAAUUCCCUUUCUACAUAUAGCAGCAUCUGCACAUUUCUAUCACUUUUAGCAAGUUGUCUAAUGGCUACCUAGCUUCAUAAAAAGAUUCCUAUUUGCCAGUGCCUCUAUGUAGAUGUGUACAUAGGUAUAUAUUAGCAUCUAUUUGGUAUAUAUGCAAAAACGGGGAAAAAAAAGCAAACCACUGCCGAAGGACAAUGCGUCUGCCCACAUUUCAGUAUACAAUUGCAUGGAAGAAAUCAUACAGAAUAAAUUCUGAUGAUUUAAAAAUAA